CACUCUCUCACCUUUAACCACCCACCAUUGCCAACAUACGCAGCAAGCUUAUCAAGAAGACACUGUUACUUCCAGUCUUUUCACUAUGCCAAGCCGAUCUGCAACACUCAUACUGUCAGCGAUACAGGCCGACCUUCGCUCUUUGAGAUCAACUGCUCAACAACAAGGCAUCGACCUAAUUACUUUGACAAAUUCCGUAAACAACGGAUCAACUACAAUCCUUUCAAGGCUCGAUGAUCAGGACAAGUUACUCAAAACAACGCUUUUCAAUUUACAAAGCCGGCAAGACAACUCACGGCUCCAAGGAAACCUAAAUGCACGGGUUUCGCCUUUGCAAUCGCUAAAAACUCACCAAGCCAUAGAGGGGUUUCCUGUGCGUCUACGAGACAUCAACACCAUGGACCAUGCCCAGCUAAACCAUCUAUUGUGGCAUUUGGAGUAUCCGAGGUUGAUGUUCAAUACUCUCGACCAAAAAAGGCACGGAUUAAGACACGCUUUGGGGAUCGAGGCCUCUCCAGCAGACGAGUAGGAUGGGCGCUGCGAUAGGGCCAAUCAUGUAUGGGAGCCAACGACGUCAGCCCCGCAUGCCCGUGUACCACGUAGAGUAUUACCACUAAACUAAACAAUCAAUCACCCCAC